UUGAGGGAAUCGGUUGAAUGGAAUCCGGGGGGCCAGCCCUCCCAGAGUUCGCUCUCUGUCCCGUUGGACCCUCUUUUCCGGUGGGCCCGGCCGUUAGAGUUGGACUCACACCGGUGUGACGACCCACAACCCCUAAAACUUCGCUUUUGUCACUAGCCGUCACCCUUAGCCGCGCCGGCGCAGCUCCUUAUGGUUUUUCCACUUGCUUGCGUUGGUGGCGGUGGCCGGUGGUGGUGGUCGCGGUGCCGGCACCGGCGGCCGCCUGAGCCUCUCCACGUACAAGCCCCGGCGAACGUUAAAACUGAAUGGUGUCAGUAUGGAUACUAAAAAUGGUGGAUAUUGGGCACCAUUUUAGAGGAUUUGGGCGAGGAGAUGAACUCCAACGGAACUGCUCCAUUUCUUUUAAACAUGGUCUUUGUAAAAUUUGGAGUAUACAAACGUGGGUGGGAGUCAGAGGAGGGGUAGAAGGUGAACUCUAUAAUGUGUUCUGGCAUUGAUCUUCCUGGGCGCAGAUACAAUCUAAGGAGUAAUGGAGUGUCUAGCGACGCAGACUCUGAGCGAGGAUCUGAGGCCCUUGUUCAUUCAUUUUCAUCAAGAACCAGACGGAGACGUGUUAUCACAAAUAAUGUCGGAUCUGACGAACCUUUAGGCCUGCGGCCAGUUAAUCCUAAUAUGGAGGAAGAUACCAUAGACUCUAAUGGUGAACCUCAGGAUGCAGAUUACUCAUACAUUCCCUUGCUCAGUGAUGAGCUUGCACUUUUGAUCCUUGCUAGGAUCCCUAGGUCAGAACAUCCAAAGCUUUGUUGCAUAAACAAGCGAUACAUGGCUCUGGUGAAGAAUGGGGAACUGUCUAAGAUACGAAGGGAGAUCGGAGUUACUGAACCAUUGGUUAUAAUCUUCGCCAGUGGAGAGCAUCAUUGGUGGGAACACUCUCCAAGCUCUGGGCUUUGGAGAAAGCUCCCAGAUUUGCCAUCUGAACCAUCGUUUCAUCUUGCAGACAGGGAAUCCCUAUGUGUUGAUACUCAGCUGCUGAUAUCUGGCCUUGAGAGCAAUGGCAUGUCGGUUUGGAGAUACGAAUUGCUCACAAACAGUUGGCACAAGGGUCCAUCAAUGGCGACUCCGAGAUGCUUAUUUGCAUCAGCAAAUUGUGGAGAUGUUGCCCGUGUUGCUGGUGGGACCAAAAACCGAACAAUCUUGAAUUCAGCUGAGCAAUACAAUCCUAGAACUAAAUCCUGGGAACCCAUGCCCAGCAUGAAACAGCGAAGAAAACUUUGUUCAGGGUGUUUUAUGGACAACAAAUUUUAUGUAGUUGGUGGUGUCAAUGAAGAAGGCAAACUAACCUCUGGUGAAUUCUUUGAUAGAGAGAAAAAAACAUGGCAUCUGAUUCCUGGCAUGAUCAAUGACUUGUCUAGUUCUGAUUGUCAGUCUCCUCCCCUUGUUGCUGUUGUGAACAAUGAGCUGUAUUCCCUUGAAACAACUACAAACAAGCUGAAAGUUUACUUGAAGCAGAGCAAUUCAUGGAAGGACCUAGGCAUGGUCCCUGUGAGAGCAAAUCACAGCAGGGGAUGGGGCGUUGCUUUCAAAUCUCUGGGUGAUAGGCUUCUUGUCAUUGGUGCAGCUUGGAAUGCUGUGGAUCAUCACAGCCAAGGCAUAUCAAUUUUUUCUUGCCAGCCUGAUCCCAAUGCAAGAGAUGCUCACUGGUUUUUUCUUGGGAGGACAGGUAACUUCAUGGGCCCCUUUGUGUUCAACUGUUCUAUCAUGGCUGUGUAGUUCUGGCCAUUUGGUGUUGAAGCUUCUGUUUCCUGUCUGAAUAAAAGCUUGGUGUUCUAUAUACGUGGAAAUUGUGCGAAUUGAAAAGAAAGCCUAUUGCUAUGGGGAAUCAUAUCGUGCAGAAAUUUGAUGAUCUGUUAGUUUGUGCUGUAGUUGAAAGUUACAUUCUGUUCAUAAAACCUUGCAAUUUCUUUGGAUCCUAUAUUCUAUUUCAAAGUCAAAUACUUCUGAUGACCAAGAUUCUUCGGUUGAACUA